CCUGCGCAACCAUCACUCCACCAACACACGGCCAUAACCCCCACACCACCCGCAAAAUAACACAAAAUGGGUCGCGAACUCCAGAAGAAGAAGAACAAGUCGUCGAUCCCCAAGAAGCGCCAGAACGGGCCCUCGAAGAAGAAGAUUCUGCAGAACCCCAUCAUCGCGAAGCACUGGAACCAGAAAGAAACCCUCACACAAAACUACCGUCGCCUCGGCCUGACGUCGCGCCUCAACCACGCCACGGGCGGCACCGAGAAGACAAUCGCCCUCCUUGGCCUCAACGACGCAAAGUCUUCGCGCGCAGACACAGCCGCAACCAGCACCGCCAAUGCCCUGAACAUCGUCUCCAAGGCCCCCCAGCACAUCGAGACGGAGGAGAUUGAAGUCGAGCGCGACCCCGAAACCGGCGCCAUCCUGCGCGUCAUCGGCCAGAAGGAGACCGUCUACAACCCGCUGAACGACCCACUGAACGAGCUCGAGGGCGAUGGGGAGGCUGAGUGGGAUGGAUUCGCCAUGGUGCCAGAGCCUAUGCAGCAGGAAGACCAGGUCAACCCUGUCGUGAGGGAGUUGGAGGAGGCAGCGCGGAACGGGGCACGCAAGGCGCCGCGGAAACAGAGUCAGCUCGAGGUCGAGUGGGUCAGUGCGCUGGUUGCGCAGCAUGGCGAUGAUUAUGGCAAGAUGGCGAGGGACAGGAAACUCAACCCCAUGCAGCAGACAGAAAACGACAUCAAGAAGAGGGUGAGGAAGUGGAGAGAGACCAAGGAUAAGGGGGGGAAGCCGUGGGUGUAAAUCUCGUGUGUGCAAAUACGUGACGAGACGUGUGCCCUCGUUGUGGAAGAAAAAACAGGAUACGAUUCAAAACUCGUGCCAAGCACUCAUGGGAAACGACGUUCAGGAAAAAUUCAUCAUCAUCGGUACAAUUAACCGCCACCGUCGAACCUUCUCAGUAAAACUCGCGAAUCUCCUCCCUGACUGGAUGAUAUCUCCUUUCCAGAAAUAGAAGAUACCACAUGAGAUCAACUCUUACACACUGCCAGCACGAAACCCAUACAGCCUCUCACUUGUUAAGCACAUUGAAAAAUAAUGUUGCACUCAACUUACCUUUGACAGAUUCUGAGUCACAUUUCUCGACGCUUGAAAGAGACAAUGCGACAUACGACUAACUUUGUGCUAACCGCUUUUACGCGUC